AUAUUAAACUAGAUCAACUACUAUUUUUCGUAAAUAUUUAUUGAGUUAAGUAUAAGCAGUGAAAAUAUUUAAAAAUGUCAGACGAAACAUUUAUGUCAGUGAAUAAUCAGGCAAAUAUUAAAAUUGAAUCACCAGAAUAUUCACCGGAAGAUAUUAAAUGCGAAAAUGAAGAUGAAUUUGAUGCUCUUGAUGCUAUUGUUAAAUCUGAAUCGUGUUCUGAGGAUAAUGAUACAUGUUUAGAAAGAUUCAAUAACUCCGAGGUGACAAUUGAAGAUGAAGUCAAACAGGAGUCUUUCGAUUGUGACAUUUGUAAUCAAUCAUUCGCAGAAUCACAUCAUCUAUCAAAGCAUAUGGUCGAGCACAUGCCUAACCAUAGCGAAGAACGUCCUUUUAAAUGUGACGCCUGUCAAAAGACUUUCAAAGAAUCUAAAGGGUUGAAAGCACACAUGGUCAUUCACAGUGGUGAGCGCCCCCAUGAGUGCAGUAUAUGCAAGAAGACAUUCAUACAAUUGAGGACUUUGAAAAGACACAUGCUCAUUCACAAUGAUGAGUCUCCCAAUAAGUGCAUUAUAUGCAAAAAGACAUUCACACAAUCAUUUAAUCUAAAAACUCACAUGCUCAUUCACAGUGGUGAGCGUCCUUAUGAAUGCAGUAUAUGCAAGAAGACUUUCAUACAAUUGGGGACUCUAAAAUCUCACAUGCUCAUUCACAGCGGUGGGCGUCCCUAUGAAUGCAGUAUAUGCAAGAAGGCUUUCGCAAAUUCGGGGACUCUGAAAUCUCACAUGCUCAUUCACAGCGGUGAGCGUCCCCAUGAGUGCAAUGAAUGCAAGAAGACUUUCUCACAUUCAAGUACUCUGAAAUCUCACAUGCUCAUUCAUAGUGGUGAGCGUCCCUAUAAAUGCAGUAUAUGCAAGAAGUCGUUUACACAAGCAUCUCAUCUAAAAACUCACAUGCUCAUUCAUAGUGGUAAGCGCUCUCAUGAAUGCAGUUUAUGCAAGAAGUCGUUUACACAAGCAUCUCAUCUGAAAAGUCACAUGCUCAUUCACAGCCGUGAGCGUCCCCAUGAGUGCAAUGAAUGCAAUAAGUCUUUCAUACGAUUAAGCAAUCUGAAAAAACACAUGUUGAUUCACAAAAGAGAGCAUCCAUAUAAGUGAGAAAUAUGCUAUAAAAGAUUUAAUCAAUCAAAUAAUUUGAAGAGACACAUGGCACUUCACAGU